AAGACGUUUUCCCAGAAGUCAGUCCUCACUGUGCAUGAGAGAACUCACACGGGGGAGAGACCAUAUGAAUGUAAGGAAUGUGGAAAAACAUUUUGCCUGAAGUCAGCCCUCACUGAACAUCAGAGAGUUCACGUGGGGAAAACUGUAUAUAUGUAAUGAACGUGGAAGAACCUUUUGCCAGAAAUCAGCCCUCAACAAGCAUCAGGGUACUCAAAUGGGAGAAACCAUAUGAAUGUGAUGAAUGUGGAAAAACCUUUUCACAGAGGUUAGUCCUCACUAUACAUCAGAGAACUCACACAGGAGAGAGACCAUAUGAAUGUGAAGAAUGUAGGAAAACCUGCCAGAAGUCAUACCUCACUUUACAUCAGAAAACUCAUGCAGAAGAGAAACCUUAUGAAUGUAAUGAAUGCAGGAAAACCUACCAUAAGUCAGUUCUUAUUGUGCAUUACAGAGUUUACACAGGAGAGAAACCCUAUGAAGGUAAUGGGUGUGGGAAAACCUUCAGCCAGAGGUCACACCUCAGGAAGCAUGAGAAAACUCAAGAGAAGAGAAAUCCUAUAAAUGUAAUGAAUGUGGGAAAAUAUUUUGCCUGAAGUCAGCCCGUGAACAUCAGAGUUCACACAGGAAAAACUGUAUGAAUGUAAUGAAUGUGGAGGAAACUUUUGUUAUGGGUCACGCCUCAGCAGGCAUUGGAGAACUUACACAGGGAAGAAAUCCUGUAUGGCAGAGACUGACUAAGUGGUCCUAAGACCACUUUCUUUUCCCUGGACACUGAGUUAGCCUGCAUUCUCAGUCUCACCUUAUUGUGUGCUCUUUUCAGGGAAAUAUGAAGAUCAAUGAUGAAGAUUACUUUGAAGCCUGACUACAAAAAAUGUCCAUGCAGUCGUCCCUGGUUUAUCCUGCCCUCUGGGGCUGAAGUGCAGAUGACCCCCAGGGUGGCCUUGGAGGCAUAGACUUUUUUCCAAGGUAGAGAUGAAGAAAGACUUUCUGGCUAACUUCAAGAGACACACACCCAAUGAUAGAACCAGAAGCAGAGCUGAGAAAGACCAGAAGCAACAGCAAGCUUGGCAUGAGCUGGAAGGUCUUUGAUGGAAUGACAGACACCCUGUGGGAAUAAAAUGAGUUACUUCAAAAACAGUUGUCAAUUCUUAAAUUUCACAAUUUUCCUGGUUUGCUUGUAUAUUUCUCUGACCAUCCUGUCUAUGCUCAGACAUCUGGUGCUCAGAGGUGAAUAGUUGGCUGCAAAAUGUAGCAUUCUUUACUGUUCUUUGCUCUAGGUAAAAUGUAGUCCUGUAAUCCCAGAAAAGCACAUAUGUGACGGAAGAAAUCAAAGAACUAAAUAAAUGGAAAGAUACACAGGCA